UGAUUAUAAAAGACAGAGAAGCCUGACUCAGGCAUAAGUCUCCAGGGCAGAGAGGGAGUCACCUCAUUGGCGCUUGAGUCGGCAAAGAAGUCACGAUGGCCAAAGUUCCUGAUUUGUUUGAAGACUUGAAGAAUUGUUAUAGUGAAAAUGAAGAAUACAGUUCCGCCAUUGACCAUCUCUCUCUGAAUCAGAAGUCCUUCUACGAUGCAAGCUACGUCUCGCUUCAGGAGAAUUGCACAGACAAGUUUGUAUCUCUGAGAGGCUCCGAAACCUCGAAGAUGUCCACCUUUGAGCAGAGUCUGAUGGUGGCGGCAGUAACAUCAAACCAGGGGAAGAUCCUGAAGAAGAGACGGCUGACCUUCGAUCAGGCCUUUGCUGAAGAGGACCUGGAGGCCAUGACCCAUAAUUUAGAAGAGACCAUCCAAUCAGAUUCAGCACCUCACAUCUUCCAGAGUAAUGUGAAAUACAGAUUGCUAAGACUUGUCAAGCAUGAGUUCGUCCUGAAUGAUCCUCUCAAUCAAAACAUUUACCUGGAUGUGGACAAUAUACAUCUCAAGGCUGCUUCAUUAACUGACCUGCAACAUGAAGUAAAAUUUGACAUGUAUGCCUACUCAUCAGGAGACGACUCUAAAUAUCCUGUUACUCUAAAAAUCUCCAAUACUCAGCUGUUCGUGAGCGCUCAAGGUGAAGACGAGCCUGUGUUGCUGAAGGAGAUACCUGAAACACCAAAAGUCAUCACAGGGAGUGAGAUCGACCUCAUUUUCUUCUGGAAAACGGUCAACUCUAAGAACUACUUCACAUCAGCUGCCUAUCCAGAGCUGUUCAUUGCCACAAAAGAACAAAGUCGGGUGCACCUGGCAAAGGGGCUGCCCUCGAUGACAGACUUCCAGAUACCGUAAGAGCAGCCUUAUUUCUGGAGUCUACUGACUCGAGAAGUGCUGACAAUCUGUAUGUACCAUGUACAGGAAGGUUCUUCACCCUGAGUCACCUGCACAGCAUGUGCUGAGCCUUUGUAAUUCUAAAUGAAUGUUUACCCUCUUUGUGAGAGAAGAGCAAAGCCUAAUGCAAUCAACCCCGACAUACAAUGUUGUUAUUUAAAGAGCACCCUAUACUUUGCACAGUACUAAUCCCUUUAAUUAUUAUUCUUCAGGACAUUCUUAGGAGGAACAGAGCUGUUGUGAUCAAAAGACUCUACCCAUAUUACAGAUGGGUUAACUACAGCAUAAAAAAAAACCUAAAAACUACACUUGAUAGCAAUUGGAAUGAGAAUCCACAGACCCAUGAUGUCAAUCUAACUGUGUGCCUUCUGCUUCCAAAUUGCUGAUUGAGUAGGAUAAAGUUAUAAAAACUUUAACUCUAUCAUUUUCAAAAGGAAGGGGACAAUAGCUACAUCUUUCCUACCUCAGUGGGUUUUAUUCCAAUGAGAUCAUUUGGAUGAAAUCCUCCUGUAACAAACCUCAAGAAGAAGACAGAAUGUUGAAUGUUAUUUUUAAGUUAUUUUAUAUAUGUAUUUAUAAAUAUAUUUAUGAUAAUUAUAUUAUUUAUGACACAUCCUUAAAUCCUCUGAGCUUGACCAGUAUCCUCAGCAGCAGGGUGUUCUAGGUAGAAUCAGUUAGCUGUAGCUGCUCCAGAACACCAUGCUGUAGACAUUAUGCUUUUUCCACAGCCAUGAAGUUCUCUCUACAUCCUCAUUCUUGGGAGCCCUGUAAUUAGACCACGAAUCUGUAUUGUUUACUUUGUUCAUUUAAAAUGAUAAUUGGGCCAGUCUUUCACCCUUCUGUCCCUAAAGCUAUCUGGGUAUUCUUACAUCAUUCAACCUCACCUGUAAUUAAAUCCAACACUCCAAAGAUGGAAAUAUCUUAACUGUGACAACCACAUCACUGUUACUUGAAGUUUCCUUUCUAGAAUGUAAUCAGUCUGGGUCUCAAAUUUGUUCUCAAACUGCAGUGUCACAUGACUAUCAACAAUAAUAAUCAGUGCAUUGUUGUUGAUCAUAAUUAAAUAAAACAAGUUUGAACUGAUA